AUGGAGACACAAGAGAAGGACGCAUCGGAUGCCGAGAUUCCGCUGGUGCCGUCUCCGCCGUUGGUGCGCCAGUCGUCCGUUCAGCGGCAGACCAGCGCAGUCGACGACGAUGCCUCGUCGCAGCGGUACCUGCUCUCACGGGGCGGCAUCCGAUUCUGGAAGAACUUCGCCUACGAGGCUGAGUCUCGUCCGUACAUCCGCGUCCGACACGACAUCGACCCGGACCAGGUGUGCGGCGUGCUAGUCCAGGAGUGGCUGUUCUCUGCACCGCGCAUCGCCCUGGUGCUCAUCUCGCACGUGGGACCGCUGGGCGACUGGGCGGACGCGAGGCGGCUCGAGGGCUUCCGGCGCGGCCUGUUGCGCGCCGCCAACGCCACGCCCAUGUGGCUGGUCACCAACGGCUUCAACACGGGCCUCGCCAAGCUGGUCGGCGACGCGGUGAGCCACGAGCUGCGCCGACGACAGGCCCUGCGCUGCCACAAGCACCCGAACCGCACCCGCGCCUCCCUGCCUCCCCUAAGGCUGCUGGGCAUUGUACGCGAGGACAUGCUCGUCAACGCUGACCUGCUCGACGGAAGGCAGGCCGACGUUCAGAUCGAGAACGAGGGCAACCGGCCCGACGAAGGCAAAUUCGAGCUGAACCCGGACCACUCCAACUACGUGCUCGUGCGGGACGAGACGGUCAACCGCACGGGGCUCAACCACUUUGUGCUGCGACUCGAGCAGCGGCUCAUCAACCUCUCCGACCAGGCACCUAUGGCGGCGUCCUCUGGCGGAGGCGACAAGGAAGGCGGUGUCGCCGAGCUGCCGCUCAUCGCGCUGCUCGUGUCCGGAGGCGACGGCUGCGCGCGCCUUGUGCUCGAGCACCUGAAACGACAGCUGCCCGUCGUGGUGUUCGAGGGAAGCGGAGGACUCGCCGACCUGCUCGCAUUCGCCUACCGGGAGGUCCAGCGAAGGUGCGCUGCCCUUCCUCCUAUCUCCUCUUUGCAUGUAGCCUCCGAGUCACCUGGUACCGUGUGUAUAAGCCAUGUGUAUGCAGCAUCCUCUGCUGGCAUGCCUGCGCGAAACACGAAGACAUUGUAUUCGCACAUUCUAAGCUGAUUUCGAGGUAGUGUUGCUGACUGACGUUCUGUAAUUACCGUGACAACAUCCUGAUGCAACGUCAG